AUGCUUCUUACACGAUUUGCUUGGCUUGCCGGCUUGGCUAGCACUGCCAUUGCUGCAACUCCAGCUGAAUGGCGCUCGCAGUCGAUCUACUUCAUGGUCACUGAUCGAUUUGCCCGAACUGAUGGAUCGACUACCGCUGCCUGUAACACCGCUGAUAGAAAAUAUUGUGGCGGAACAUGGAAAGGAAUCAUAGAUAAACUGGACUACAUCCAAGGAAUGGGCUUCACGGCCAUUUGGAUCACUCCUGUGACCGGUCAAUUGACCGAGGACACCAAGUAUGGAGAGGCCUAUCACGGAUACUGGCAGCAGGACAUCAAUUCUCUGAAUCCAAACUAUGGAACUGCCGACGAUCUCAAGGACCUCGCUGCGGCUUUGCAUAAACGCAACAUGUAUCUCAUGGUCGAUGUCGUAGCAAACCACAUGGGCUAUGAUGGCGCAGGCACUAGCGUCGAUUACUCCAAAUUCAAACCCUUCAACGAUGCGAAGUAUUUCCACCCUUAUUGCCCAAUCACCGAUUACAACAAUGACAACAUGGCGCAAAACUGCUGGCUUGGCGAUAACACUGUUUCCCUACCGGAUCUGAAUACACAGAGCAAGGAUGUGCAGAAGAUUUGGUAUGAUUGGGUUAAGAAACUCGUUACCGACUACUCGAUUGACGGUCUCCGUGUUGACACUGUCAAACAUGUCCAGAAAGACUUCUGGCCCGGCUACAACAAAGCCGCUGGCGUCUACUGUGUAGGAGAGGUCUUGAACGGCGACGUUGAUUACACCUGUCCAUACCAGGAGGUAAUGGACGGAGUUCUCAACUAUCCAAUAGCCUUCCAAUCGACUAAGCCAGGAAACAUGGCCGACCUAUACAACAUGAUCAACACAGUUAAAUCGACCUGCAAGGAUCCAAGCCUUCUCGGAAAUUUCGUGGAAAACCACGACAACCCACGUUUCGCCUCCGUCACCGACGAUAUUUCCCUCGCCAAGAAUGCAGCCACCUUCAACAUCAUGGCAGACGGCAUCCCUAUUGUCUACGCAGGACAGGAACAGCACUACAGCGGCGGCGCGGACCCAGCUAAUCGCGAGGCUCUGUGGCUGUCUGGAUUCAAAACAGAUAGUGAACUGUACAAGCUCAUUGCGAAGGCCAAUGGUGCUAGAAACCAGGCAAUUGCGAAGGGUGCUAACUACACUACCUACCAGAACUACCCAAUCUACAAAGAUGACAAUACCAUCGCCAUGCGGAAGGGCUAUGAUGGAGGUAAAGAGUACUCGCUUUCAAUUCCUAAGACUGGUUUCAAGGCUGGUGAUAAGUUGACGGAGAUUGUAUCCUGUGCCAGUGUUACUGUUGCUGAGGGUGGGGAUGUUCCUGUUCCUAUGGCGGGUGGAGAGCCGAGGAUCUUGCUACCGACUUCUCUACUCAAGGGCUCGAGUCUGUGCUCGUAG